UUUUUCUCCAAUCAUCCAAGUAGCUUCUUUAAUUCGUACCUGAACUGACUCUAUAAGUCAAGUUGCCUUUCUUUGAUACUUUUGGAUAUUCCUUACUACAUUUAUCAAUGUGUUUUCAUUGUUUUACAAGUGUUUUGCUCCUAUUCAACAAUAAAGGUUAUCUUUGUUGUAAACCUUUACACCGGGGUGUAAUAUAGCCUACUAAAUGUUGCGUUUUUCUCCAAAAUAUAUGACUUAUAUGUGUCAAAAUAUAAGAAAAGCCUGUAGUUUCACUAUAUAUUAAUUGUAAGACUGAUACUCUAGAAAAAAAAACAAGUAAGCUGCUCGUUUCUAUGAGAUUUCUCAAGGUCUGGGUAAGAUAAGAGGACGUAGCCUGCGUGUUUUAGAUAGCAGCUUCUCCAAAUAAAAGUCCGCACGGCAUCGUUCUUGUUCUUUCGAGGUCCUGGACGUGUAAAAGUUGGUCGGAGGCAUCCUCCCCCCUCAGAGUGUGUUGCAGCUUUAAACAGUCCACAAUGCCUUGCGGUGUCCCAGUUCCAAUGCGAUGUAUUUACCAGCAGGAGUAAUGAAACGGGGGAGAGGGGCAUUUUCCGCAGCUUAUUGGUGAGACCGCAAAACGACUUAUGCCCAGGGAGGACCGAGGCAAACUUUGGGAGAACGAAUCGAAACGUCUUGUUUCUUCCUUUCCUUCUUUCUUUUUUUUUUAAUCGGGUUCGGGUAGCCCUUCUUGUUCUGUUUUCCAAAACGUGACUUUGUCGCAGUUCGUUGGGAAGUGAUUUACUGAGCAUCGGUGGAGGAGGAGGAGAAUUUUUUUGCGGAAUUCACGCCUUGUACCUGUGUUUUGCUCCACGAACUUCACCUCGGAUAGAGAGAGAGCACCGAGUUGAAUCCCGUUGGCUCCUCAAAGUUAAUUAACCGGAGAGGCUUCAGCUGCCCCGCGCCACCGCAGCCUUCAAUAAUGUUGGGGCCAGCACAGCACAUCCGGCUUCCUCGCUUCUGACCCAACAUGGAGCUCAAGGUCUGGGUGGAUGGACUCCAGAGGGUUGUCUGCGGGGUCACUGAGGCAACCACCUGCCAGGAAGUGGUGAUUGCUCUGGCCCAGGCCAUAGGCCGCACUGGGAGAUACACUCUAGUAGAAAAGUGGAGGGACACCGAGCGUCACCUAGCCCCUCACGAGAGCCCUGUGGCUUCCCUGAACACCUGGGGUCAGUAUGCUGGCGAUGUCCAGCUGAUCCUGCAUCGCACAGGCCCCUCGCUAACCGAACGACCGCCCUCAGAAGGGCCGCCGCUCAGGGGGCCUGAAAGGGGCCUGCACCGGCAGAGCCUCCCGCCUCUCGCGAAGCUCCGUCAUCCCAACGACCGCUCCCUCCGCAGACGCGAACCUCGCCGCAAGUCCCUCACGUUCACCGGCGCGCCCAGAGGCCUCAGGGAGAUACUGGGCGGAGGCCGCGUCGGUGAGGCCGAAGCCAAGAGAAGACUUCUUCUGGGAAACGGGGGGAACCAUCACCAUGCGGGGCCGGCCAUGGGGACCGCAUCCCCUGGCCUGUGGGCCUGUCGCAUGGAAGAACUGGUCCGACUUGUCGGCCUACAGAGGGAGACUCUCGGCGUGCUGGAGAAGAAGCUGGAGGCCUACGAGGCCGAGCUAAAAGUCUGGGCCGAGGGGCGGGGCUUGCGGGGCGGGGGGUGCAUCGGAGACCCAGGCGGAGGUGUGGGGCUGGUAGAGGAGAUACUGAGGCUGGAGAAGCACCUGAGGAAGAACGAGGUGGAGAUGGAGGAGGAGGAGUUUUGGGCCACCGAGCUGCAGAUUGAGUUAGAGAGCGAGAGGCAGCUGGAGGAGAGGCUGCAGGAGCUUCGUGGGCGUCUGCAAGGGUGCGAAAUGGAAAUUGAAGAAAAGUUGGCAAUGGGUGUAGAGGCAGGUCUUGAAGAGGAGAAGCUGCAGAGGGAGCGACAGGAGAACCAGUGGGUCAGCGAGGCCGAGGCUCGGACGCAGGUCCUCAGGUUCAAAGCGGAACUGAAAGCCCAAGAGAGACAAGCUGUCCAGCUAGAGAGCAGUUGCAGAGCUGUGGACAGAUCACUUGGACAAAGCAGCAAGAAACUGCAGGACAUGCACCAUGAGCUGGAGCAGCUGACUAAGGAGCUGAGGCAGGUUAAUCUGCAGCAGUUCAUCAAGCAGACCGGUACCAAGGUCACAGUACUGCCGGCUGAACCCACCGAGGAUGAAGCUACCUACAGCACUCAUGGUAUAGAUUUGGUCCCCCUGACCGGCUCGCUGAAGCGCCCGGUGUCGUCCCACGCGAUGUCCAGUCAUCUGCGGGUCCUGCAGAGCCCGCUCACUUCUGGCCUCAACCCAGAGGGCAUCUAUGUGUGAGGCAUCUCUACUUGGAGGGAACGCGUUUUGUACCCCCUUCAAGGGCCUAGUGUUUCACACCAGAACUGAUUUGUAAGUGGAUAUCUUAGUACAGGAAGGAUGCCCCCCACCCCCACCCCCACCCGUAGCACACUACUAUGCACUGUUUUACUCGAUUACCUGAAGGCGACCUUUAGUGUGAAUGCAUAAUCUUUAAAUGGAAGUCACGGAGCACUUGAUGGGAAUGAAAGAUGGCGUGAAAAUGUAACACAGCAACAGCGCCAAGGUGGUUCCCAGUCUCUGAAAAAUGUUACUUUUGAUCAGGCAGGUAUGGACUUCUUUCAUAAACAUAUCCACUUGAUGUCUGUUACUCUCACUUUAUUACCUACUGAAUGAUUUCUAUUGUUUCCUCCCUAGCAUUGUGAUUUGAAACUAUUGCCUUUGGAACAGUAUUGUCGAGAAUCUUGUCAUGUGAAUCAUGGAGCCGUAUCUCUAAAAAUCAUUCGUAGUUCCUCUAGCGUAGCGACCGGCUCUCGUGUAAGUGAAGGAUCCACUCCUGUGUCUAUAGUGAAACCGUGAAGAAUCUUUAUCGUUUUGCAUAUCAGAAUCUAUUCCCGCGCUUUGUUUGUCGAAGGUAAAUCUAUGCACAAAUGGUAAAUGGUUUUGUUACUGAAGAAUGUUUCCGUCUGUUCGUACCAAAACGAUCGCUUACUGUAAAUACGUUUUCUUACAUUUCAGCUUUAUUUAGCGAAUUAUUAUAUUUUAUUACGAAACAGUGCAUUUGCAGUUACAAAAAAAAAAAUGCAGUCCUUCAUUCCCGCAGUGAUAUCUGCAAACAGUGUUGAUCAUCCUCUUAAGCUGAUUUAUUUUUUGUCAUCAAAUGACUACAAAAUGUAAUCUUUUUUUUUUUUAUGUUUUUUUUUUUUUUGUUGUUGUUGUUGUUGUUUGCCAAAUGUAUUAAGCUUGUUUUCUUAAGGAUCAGGUGGCCAAAGAUUAGCAGGUCUUGUUGCAUGAUUGUCUAUAUGUGAAUGUGCAGAGCAACCACAGUCCAGUUAGUUCAGUCUAAAAAUGGUGGCAUGUAAUAAUAGAAUGGAUAGUUCCAGCUACAGCACGUGUUCGUGUGAAUGAGUCAUUGGAUCAAAUUGUGUUUGUCUACAUGUGUGCACAUGAAUAGCCAAGAUAGAAAGCUCCUAUUAGGCUGUCGAUCAAUUAUUUGUGUGUGUGUUUGUAAUUAAAAAGGUGUGUGUGUGUGUGUGUGUGUGUGUGUGCGUGCGCAGAGACAGACUAGCCAAGGUAUGAAGCCUCUCUUAGGUUGUAGUUGAGCUGCUAAUCACAUCGAAGUGCCUUAUAUUCAUUCCACAGUUGGUGUAUUCAAGUGUACAGUGAAGCUUUAGUGGUGACCGUGAAGGACCGAUUGUAGAUCAAAUGUUGGCGUGGAAGCGAGGGAAACGGCAGUAGCGUGGCAAUAAAGAGGAAAUUAUAAUUACUGUCUGCGAUUUGAAUUCGAUGAAAAGAACAUCAUUGGUUCCACUUUGCUGCUGUGCCGUUGUCACCAUGAUGAUAUGUGCUGUAAAAUGUAUUAGCAUAAGUUUUUUUUUUUUUUGAGUUUUUUUUUUUGUCAUGCAACACGUGUAUACUGUAGUUUGGAUCAGUACUGUCACAUAGUUAUGGUCACUGUUUACAACUGCGUAUCUUCUAGAAAACCGCAAGAUGUCGACUGUACAUAACCCGUUUUUUCUAAUUAUUUUUUUUUCUUGCCUUAAUAUACUGCAAAGUGUUGACACAUGUAUGGCUGUAACAGGCUGCAGAUAUGACGUGGAUUGCAUGGUUCAAUAAACCAUCUGACAAAAGUA